AUGACUGAGUUAAUGGAUGGCUCAUUGGCUGUGGAAUAUUGGGAGAAGUUUGCACUCCAUGCAUUUGAUAAUACAGACAAGCCAUGUAUGUAUUCCUGUAUUAUCAACACACCAGAACAAAAACCUGUUUGUUGUACAUUCUGCUUUAUGAUCAAACGAGAUAUUUUCAAUUUGCCGAGUGUGAUUGUUGGCAAUCUUCUUCCUAUUCUUUGCUAA